GCAGCAGCAACAGAGCAGAGAGGCAGCGACCAGAGUCCAGACCGUUCUCCGUGUCUCUCCCCGCCACGCCACGCCGCGCCCUUCCGAAGCAUCCAUCACCCGCCCGCGAUGGGCUCGCCGCUCCGCACCGUGCACCUCCGCCGCUCUUCGUCCUCGCCGCCGGGCGACACCGUGGCGAUCGCGGUGGACGGCGGCUCCGGGGUGGACCUGGCCCGCGUCGGGCUCGCGCUGGGGCUGGACCCGGCCUCCGUCCGCCCCAACGGCUACUUCCUCAGCCGCGGCCCCGGCCACGUCUGCUCCGCCGUCACCUGGCGCGCGCUCCUCAACUUCUUCGCCGCGCGCGGGCUGCCCACCGGCGCCGACGCCGCCGCGCCCGUCGCCGUGGACGGCAAUCCAGCCGCGUCUCCUGCCCCGACCUCAGAUCCUAUAACUCUUGUGUGCUCAAAGCGAAAAUCUGGACUCGUGGUAGAAAGGCGUUCCAAGAGGACCAAGCCUCAAGAGAACGGAUCAUCUCUUUCAAAACGAAGUGAUGAUGUACUUAGCGAAGAAAUCGUCCUUGGUUUGAAGAGAAGACUCAGAUUGGACGACACAAUUCCAGCAAAGAAGAUUAAGCAAGUAGAGUACGGCUCAGACACACAACAGCCAGUUAAAUUCUCCUGCAGCUUUGUAAAUGCAAAUGGAAAGCGGCCACAGGAGGAGGAGAUGAUCGCCUCACUUUCUUGUAAAAGAGUUCGGUGAUAACGGUGACAGAGAAUGCGCACAAGCCUUUGAAAGAAUGCAUCGUGGUCGUGGCAGAGAAUGCAUACAAGCCUUUGAAAACACGCAUCGCGGCAUCGGUUCGCUCAAGACAACCUCCAGAGCUGAGGUAAAUUGACAUGCCUUAUUGUAUGUUCCAGAGGUCAUGUAGGCUUCAUCAAUGAAAGGCCAUAAAAUUUUGCUUGGAGGCAGCUGUAGGAUGCAGCUAUUGUAUGCUGUACUUCAGUAGUCCCUUGUACAUCCGUGUGCUUGGCAUGAUAUCUGUAACUGGAAAAAUGUUACCUGUGAAUAUCAAAAUGCUUGCAAGUUGCAACUGGCAUUUUACCUUUA